GGGAAAUUCUUACACUAGUGGCGAUCUAGAAAAAGAGAAAUCCAACCAGAGAUAUAGAAAAACUGGUGAAGAAUAGAUAGACCCAAAGUGUUGACAAAUCCCAUGUCUCUUCCCAUUGGGUGUGGCCCCAGCAGAUCCACAAAACGCCAAGCUCCUUUCCGCAUUCUGCCUUGCCGCUGUGUGACAAUGGACGAAAAUCUAUGCAUCCGUUUCGUCCCUUUUCUCUGCAUCAUCACAAGAAGCCUCAUUUUCAACCCAUCCCUCCCUCUGAGUCUGUGAACUCUUCAGCUCUGACCUCCCCAGUAAUGGGUUCCUCUUGAUUCUCAGUUUUCAAGUCUGGGUCUCUGGAAGGAAGGAGAUAAUGCAGUGUAGAAGCCAAACCGGGGGAUAUUACUACCCAAGAUAUCUUAAUGUGGGUCUUAGUGGCCAUUCAUGGCCAAUAACACGGGGUGAUGUCACGUGGAGCAGUGGACAAAAUUUUAAUGUUUUGUUGCCCCCGUCUACUAUGGACCAUAAUGUAGGUUACCAGAAAGAAAUUUUUAGGCAGAUGAUGCUCAAGCAUGAAGCGACAUUCAAAUAUCAAGUCUAUGAGCUACAUCGCCUAUAUGGAAGGCAAAAGGAAUUGAUGGAGGAAAUUAGGAAGAGAGAAAUAUUGAAUCGCACUUUAAAACCACAUCUUGUUUCCGACUUCUCCUUCUGUCCUUCUACUAAUCUCACAGGCGUUGAACCGUCUUCUCUAAGUGCUCAGAUGCCUCGAGAGCCACCAUACUUUCUAAAAUCGGCUCCCGACCAGUAUCCAACAAAGGAUGUGUUAAAAGAAUGUGAACUAUCAUCGUCUCAAAUCAACAAGUCUGGGAAGAGAAUGUUGGAUCUUGAACUUCCAGCUUGCGAGUACGAAGAUAGUGAUGAGGACAACGUUGUUCACGUGCCUGAAAUGCCUGUCUUGAAAUUACAACAUCACAUUGAUCCAAAACUCGAUUCUUUCUCUUCCUCCAUUUCCCACGUCUUGUUUGACUUGAAUGCACCUGCAGAGCCCGAUGAAUCUGGCCAGGAUCUGAAUAAUGAAGCGAUGCCUGAUAUUCCCGAGGGAGAAGGUGCUGAUCAUUGUGACCGCACUUCUGGGCACAGUCCUACUGCAAAAAUUAAGGUUUCAGAUAGCGGAAAUCUGCCAAAAGUUGUGGAUUUGAAUAUGUUUCCAGCUGACUAUUCAUCCGAUGAUGACUUUCCUGGCAAUACCCACAAGAAAUCACGUUCGGCUCCACUCGAACAUGAAGACAGGGAGAUGGAUUGUAGUGGAAAGUCUGGGAUCGUUGACAGUAGUUCCUCUCCUAACCCUACAGUUGAUUCACAGGAAUACGAUGGAGGUAACCGUUUCAUUGAUACUGGAGUUGAUAGCAAGUUUUCAACUGGUCUCGAAAAAGAGUUUGUUCUAUCGCCACAUGAGCAAAGUGAUACGAUUGAAGCUGCAACACAGAGAGAUUUGGAAGCACCCGUUAGCCCCGAGAACAAAGAGUGCGCUCCACCGAGAGGGGAUUCUCAGGAUAACCAACUCGAAAGAUGUACUAGCUCAUUGAAACUAGAAGGCGAGAUCCAAGAAGAGGAAGAGGACAGGGUUGCAGCAGACACGUUGUUUGUUCUUUCGUCAUCAAAGACCACAUUCAUCGACCAAAAUGAAGCCUUUAAUGACUGCCUAGAUUGGUUUGCUGGAAUCGCAUCCUCUUUGGCGAAUAAUCAACAGACAUAUGCUAAAGAGAUGGAAAUAGUCGACGCCUCAUUACCUAGCCGGCUAAAGAGGGGACAGAAAAAGAUGAAAUUGCAGGUGAACAACUUUCAGAAAGAAGUAAACGAGGCGCCAGUGGAAACCGCCACUUCUGCAAGGAGAAGCGUUAGUAGAGGCAGUGGCGGGAGAGGGAGGAGACAACCCAAAGCGUCGGAGAUGACAGUGCCAGUUUGGGGGAAGACUAAAAGGCGCCAAAUGGCUCGUGUUGCUCGAUCCAUUAACCAUUCUCCUCUUUAGCUCAUUUCAUUGCUACUUUAACUAGAUGUCUUUCUCUCUCUCUCUCUCUGUAUAAACAGUACAGUAAAAAAAAAAAAAAAAAACAGUAAUUUGAUGUUUUGUGGGGAAGAGUGGUAGAAUCUUGCCCAGUUUUGAGAAUGAAGGCUUCAUGGUUUGAGGAUGUCUGUAAACAUUCAAGUUAAAUGUUGCCAACAUUCUUAUUCUUGUUUGUAAAUACAGUUUGUAACCAACAACAUUCAGCUUAAUUAGUUUCU